AUGUCGGCGGCGGCGCGCGCGCCACCGCCGCCGCGCGCUCUCUCCGCGCCGUCGAGAAGAGCUCCGCUCGGAGCCGAGAAUUUCCAUAAUAACUGCCUGUUGACAUCGUCUAGUCUGAAUUCAAGUCCUUUGCGAUGCCCUCCAUGCAGUUGUGCUCAAAUGGCUUUGGCCGACACAAGAAUUCCUUACCAGCCUGAUGUUGACAAGCAUGCUGGAGUUCUGGCCUAUGAUCUGGUUCAAGGGAACCUUGUGCAGUGGAAUUCGUUUAUGGACAAAUCAAUACCUGAUCCACCAACAGCUGUUCUUCUUCAUGGAAUCCUUGGGAGCAGGAAAAACUGGGGAUCUUUCGCGAAGAGAUUGGCUCAGGAAUUCCCAAUGUGGCAGUUCCUCUUGGUUGAUUUGCGCUGCCAUGGCGACUCAGCAUCAAUUAAAAAGCGUGGACCACACACUGUUGCCUCAACUGCUCUUGAUGUUCUAAAGCUGAUAGUGCAGCUCAGGCUAACCCCUCGGGUUUUGGUUGGUCACAGCUUUGGCGGAAAAGUGGCCUUGAGUAUGGUAGAACAAGCUGCAAAACCACUUUCUCGUCCUGUUAGAGUAUGGGUUCUUGAUGCUACUCCUGGCAAAGUUCGUGCCGGGGGAGAUGGUGAAGAUCACCCUGCUGAACUUAUUUUCUCAGAAGAAUGCCUGAGCAGGUUUCUUCAAAACAGGAGGUGGUCGAUGCACUUGUUAAAGGACAAUUUUCUGUGGAUGUUGCACGGUCCAUUGGGUCAGCGAUCAUCUUCAAGCUUCUCAUGGACUUUUGACCUAAAUGGCAUCUCUGAGAUGUACAAGUCUUAUGAGGAUACUAACUUAUGGAGGAUUGUAGAGAAUGUACCAAGGGGUGUUCAUAUUAAUUUUCUAAAAGCUGAACGAAGUUUGCAUAGAUGGGCUCUUGAAGACCUCCAAAGAAUUCAUACUGCGAAGGAAUUAGCUGCUGAUGAGGGUGGUGGAGUUGAAAUGCACGUGCUUGAAGAUGCUGGACACUGGGUUCAUGCAGACAACCCAGAUGGUCUCUUUAGAAUUCUCUCGUCAACCUUCCAAAUCGAAACUACUAUAAGAGGAAUGCAAGACUGA